AUGAAAUUUGUGUUGGCCUCUACGUUGACCUUCACCGCGGUACACGCGUUUGCUCCGUUGGCACCGCGUUGCGGGAAACCCUUUGUCGUCCCGACGAAGACCGUACUCGCGGACGAUAAGGGCGGCAUGUUCUUUGCGUCGUCCGAUGAGACGCAGACUCCCGAAGCGACCAAAACUACCAAGGACGACCAGUCGUUGGAGGAAGAAGUCGAAGCGAUGGUGCAGAAAGCCUUGAAGAAGAACAAGAUCAUUUCGAAUCUCCGCAGUGAACGCGGAAACGAGUACGCUCCCUGGAUGGGCAUCACCGAGAACGACGAGAACGAGAUACGGAAAAUCAUGCGCGACAAGGCCGAAGUCCGCCGUCGCCGAAGAGACGAGGAACUCACCGUCCGGGGUGCCCUGCUCAAGGAUAGUACGGUACAGGAACUCUCCGGGACAGGACUCAAGAGUAAAGUCGUGGACGGGACUUCCGUAGAGUUGGAGUGGUCGACGGGGGGCGAAACAUCCACCAAGGGAUUCAUCAUCAAGCGCCGGGCCGCCAAGCAGCCAGAUUUUGAAGUUCUGGCGUCGUACGAAACCUACGGUCCCCUAGUUUCCAAAGGAGUCGAGGGAGGAGACUAUCGAUACCUCGACGAAAAUGUGGGCUACGGCAGUUGGUUCUACCGUAUCACCGAGUGCGAAGAAAGCGGUUUGGAGAAUGACAUGAGCCAAUGUUUGGUCGAUGUGGAGACGGACGAGGAACAGAGAGGUGCCGUCUUGGCGGCCGGUGCCAUGGCGCUGGCCGCCGUUGCCGCCGUUGUGGCCGGUUCGCUUUUGGACCCCGUGCAGUACUAACCGCGAGCACACAUCGGAACACGUUGUGCCACUAAACUAUCUAUUG